AUGUCAUCACAAAUCCUCACGCACACCAUGUACCGUCGCAGUUCAAACGAGGAGAAACCAUUAGAAAUCGAUCAGGACUCGAACCCGGACCCCAGUAGAUCGAACAGUCCAAAAAACAUGAAGUAUUUCAAGCAAUUAGAUGAGGAAAAGACUAUUCUAAACCAGGGAAAAAAGUCGUUUUGUAUAGACGCCUUACUUUCCCGCCAUAUUGAACCAGAGACAACAUUGCAAGAGAGAAUGUCACAGAAUAAAUAUAUGUCGCUAAUACAGAAUAAAAACUUCAUCGCGAGAUACCAAAAUCAGAACUACGAUACGCAAAUAGAGCAGAAUACCAUAGAGAAGUACCAGAAUAGAGCGGAUGAGCAGAGUUUUGACCAUAGAGCAGAGACGGACAGUCCUAGAUCCGGGCAGAGUUCUCCUAGAAGUGCUUCCCCAGGGUCUGAUGAUGGGAAUAGAUCGGGCAGUUACAGCCCGCCAAUUUCUCCCGGAGUUGAGGGGGGGAACGAGGAGUUUGAGAGUUAUAGACCUGGUAUCAUACCCAAGCCGGGUCUUUUGCCUCAAAACCCUGCUCUCGUAGCAGCGCAAUCUGCAGCACUCUUCAACUACCCUCAGCUGCAGCCGCCUCCUGGAGCUCCCAUGCCGUCCGCGUUCCACCACCCUGGAGAUAGGGUCCUGCAUCACAUGCAGCUUGAAUGGCUGGCCAGGACUGGAAUGUUUUAUCAUAGAAUACCGGAAUUGGGGGGUGCCCCUCACGCCCUCCUUGGCAAGACUCGGCGCCCUCGGACUGCAUUCACUUCACAGCAACUGCUGGAGUUGGAGAAACAGUUCCGGAUGAACAAGUAUCUGUCCAGACCGAAGAGGUUCGAGGUGGCCACCAGCCUGAUGCUGACGGAGACACAGGUAAAAAUAUGGUUCCAAAACCGAAGAAUGAAGUGGAAACGCUCGAAAAAAGCACAACAAGACUCCAAAAACAAGGACUCGCACGCGUCGCACCAAAGCGAUGAGAAAAGUAAACCAAAAGAAAUUCCUUUGCCUCCCGAACCCGAAAAACCACAACAAAUCGCGGCCGAUUUGACAGCCGUCAAACCGCCCAUCCUGGACAGGGACAGAAUUAUCGCCUUAGAACGAGAAAGAGCAAUAGCCGCGGCGAAUUUUAAUUCGAAUUUGGAAAACAAUAGACGCGGGUUGGUCGUCAUGAGCCAAGAUGGCGGCCGUCCCAAUGACAUGUUUAGGCCAUAUGUAGUAUGA